GCGUGCGCGCUUCGUUUCCUGCUCCCGUGACCUUGCGGUGGGGGUUCGCUCGCCUCGCGGCCGGUGCGUGCUCAGCCUCCAUUUGCCGGUGCCGGGGCUGUUGCUGAGGGACGAUGCGGGCGCUGGUGCUGCUGUUCCUCCUGGCGGCGGGGCUGGGCCGGGCCGCGACGGAGCAGGGGGCCCUGCCGGCUAAGAAGCUGCGCAUGGCCUACGCCACGGGGCCGCUGCUCAAGUUCCAGAUCUGUGUUUCCUGAGGCUACAGGCGGGUGUUUGAGGAGUACAUGCGGGUUAUUAGCCAGCGGUACCCAGACAUCCGCAUUGAAGGGGAAAACUACCUUCCGCAACCUAUAUAUAGACACAUAGCAUCCUUCCUGUCAGUCUUCAAACUAGUAUUAAUAGGCUUAAUAAUUAUCGGCAAGGAUCCCUUCGCUUUCUUUGGCAUGCAAGCUCCAAGUAUCUGGCAGUGGGGCCAAGAAAAUAAGGUCUAUGCUUGUAUGAUGGUUUUCUUCCUGAGCAAUAUGAUUGAGAACCAGUGUAUGUCAACAGGUGCAUUUGAAAUAACUUUGAAUGAUGUUCCAGUGUGGUCUAAGCUGGAGUCUGGUCACCUUCCUUCCAUGCAGCAGCUUGUCCAAAUUCUUGAUAAUGAAAUGAAACUCAAUGUGCACAUGGAGUCAAUGCACCAUCAUCGAUCAUAGCCCCAUCUAGCAGCACUGAAAACUUCUUCCAUUAAGUGACACUUUCCCAAAGGCAGCGUGACUGAAACCUAUGAAGGCCUGUACUGAAGACAGCAAGCUGUUAGUGCAGACUGGAUGCUUUCUUUUCAGUCAUGUUGUACCUCCUGAAAAAACCUUAAUGCAAGACAUCUUUCGGUGCUGGCAUGUUUCCAAAUACUGCACAGUCAUGGAGUGCAAUAAUACUGUAUAGUGGUUUUUUUAAGAGUUAAGUCAACCAGUUCAUAGCUAAACAAUGCAGGCAUUACUAACUGUAACUUUUGUUUUAUAUUCAUGUGUCACACAAUGGAAGAUUGAGUAGAUAUCUUUUUUUCUUGGAAAAAGUUUGUCUAAUCUGUUGUAAUUUUAUAUGAAUUUGUUCUUUUUGUAGUUUAAAAUAGAAUUGUAGGAAUACUGAUUUAUUCCCAAACUGUUUUAAAGAGACAAUUGCCUAUCAAACAUCUCUAAUUUGGUUAUGUUAGGUUUGUAUAUUUUUUAGAAUAUAUUGCAGAGUGAACAGUGCAUUAUAAAUUAUAUGAACAAAGCUAUAUGCAGAGUAAUUACCACUUUUGUGAUUUCAGGAAAAACAGAAAGACCAACUGCUUCUCAAAUUGUAUUGGCCAGCUCAAGAGCGUUCCCUUGACCAGUCUAUAGAAUUGAAAAGCUGGGCCUUUAUAUGUCCUAAAUAUAAAGUAAGCAAAUUAAUUUAAAUAAAGAGUUUUCAUUUACUGUGUAAA